UAUGAGUUGUUAUCAACUCUUUGUGAGAGUAAGAUGAUACCAUAUUCUAUUUUUUUUUUUUUUUAUCAGCGAUACCAUAUUCUAAUUACCACGCACAAUUUUCUGUUAGGACUUUUAGAGUAUUCAUUCCUGAUCUAUGAGUUUGUUGAAAGGGGGAGCUUGAGGACAGUUUUGAGCAACCCAGAAGAAGCAACAGAGUUGGAUUGGGAUAAGAGAUUGAACAUUGUUAAAGGGUUAGCGAGUGCUUUAUCUUACAUGCACCACGAUCGCCCUUCACCAAUAAUCCAUCGUGACAUUUCUAGCAACAAUGUUUUGUUAGAUUUGGAUUAUGAAGCUCAUGUCUCAGACUUUGGCACAGCUAGGAUUUUGAAGCCAGAUUCCUCUAACUGGACGUCCUUUGCAGGCACAUUUGGCUACAUAGCUCCAGAGCUUGCUUACACGAUGCAAGUAAGUGAAAAAUGUGAUGUCUAUAGUUUUGGGGUGGUAACAAUGGAGAUAAUUAUGGGAAGGCAUCCAGGUGAUCUUAUUUCAGAUUUAUGGACACCAAAUGGCCAACAGAUGUUGCUGAAGGAUGUCAUAGACCAAUGCCUUAAACCUCAAAGGAGGAAUAAGGUGGCUGAGCAAGUGGUUGCUACCACAAAGCUAGCAUUCACAUGUUUGCAUUCCAAUCCUCAAUUUCGCCCCACUAUGCAGCAGGUUUAUCAGGCUCUUACCAGUGGUCGACCAUCUCCAUUGCCAAAGCCCUAUUCAAUGAUAAGUUUGGGAGAUUUGAUUGAAGAUGGACAUGGGAUAAAGGGCUGAGUUGCUUGGAUAUUUAUCAUAGUUCUAGGUAUGUCUCAUUUGUAUUUAUCUUUUCUAGUCCACCUUCUCUCUCAACAAAAACAAUUUUUUUCCUUUGUGUUCUACUCUUUGUGAUAAACUUUUGAAUCUUUGCUUUGGCUUUUAUUGAUGCUAUUUUGCUAGCAUAAUGGAAUAUUAUAUAACAAUAUGACAGGCUGCAAGGUUUAAUAAAGAACUUGAAGAAAUGCAGAUGUGUUAUCGGGUUUUCUAUCUACAUUCAACCUAAAGAUGAAUGGGACCACCUUUUUUUUUUUUUUUUAAUAAAUUAGGAAUGUAGUUAAGCUACAUGUUGUGUGGAUUAUUGUACUCUUUCAUUUGUUAUAACUUCUUAGGUUUUUUUUUUUUAAUAAAUAAUUUAUUAGUGU